AUGAACCUGGCGAUACCAAAGAUUGCUUGUGGACUUAACGGUUUGGACUGGAGAAUAAUUAGAAGUAUGGUGGAAGUUAUCUUCAGAUUUAGUGGCAUACACAUUCUUGUCUGUUGCCACAACCCUAAAAGAACAACCGGUAGGAAGACCGUAGACUGUUACUUCUAUAGGACGUCACAAUGCAAGUUUGGAUCUCUAUGCAAAUAUCGCCAUGGAGCUGAGGAUCAUUUUCGGGACGAAAAUGUUUUAAGACGGGGGCAAUGUAGCGAGUACCGCUCUGGAUAUCGAAGUGAUGACUCAUCGCCGAUGAGUCAUCGCCGCUUUAAGAAUAUUUUUGACGAUGCCCAUGGAGAGCGGUCAUUUUCGAAAUUAAAACUAAUUAAGACCUAUUUAAGAUCCAAUAUGAGUCAAUUUAGGCUUUCAAAUUUAGCAAUUAUAAGUAUUGAAGAAGAUAUUUCUAACAACUUGGAUGUAGGCGACUUGAUUAGGGAAUUUGCUAUUAAAAAAGCGAGAAAACUAAUUUCUUUGAUGAUUGGCCCAAACGAUUUUUGUCUAAAUAUUUGCUAUCAAAAAGAUUUGAACCAAGUAUUAAGACAUCACAGAAGAGAUCUAAUUAAAACUUUAAGAAAAUUAAGAGACUCAGUUCCUAGAACCUUUGUCAUGCUGAUUCCUGCACCCACUAUCAAUAACGAUCAUUUAAAUAUAUCAAGACUGGGUAAAUUUGAUGCAUCAAACACCAAUCUUUCUAGACCUAUUAAGGUAAGCUUUGUUCAUGAGAACACUCCUAUUGAAUUAAUUCGUAAUGCAAACAAACUUAAAAAUAAUCCUAGAUGGAGAGGUAUAUCUAUUUCAACUGAUCGUACACCUAUGCAAAUAAAAUUAUACAAGACUGUUAAAGAAGAGCUAAAUGCUCGUAUUGAGAAUGGGGAAAGAAAACUAAAUGUGCCCAAAGAUUCUCCUAAAUCACUUUGUAUAUAUUAUCAAAACACACGAGGUCUUAAUUCUAAAACUAAUACUUUCUAUAAAAGCUGUUGUUGUUUAGACUAUGAUAUUAUAUGUAUUACAGAGACUUGGCUUAGUAAUUCUGUUAACUCAUCUGAGCUUUUUCCUGAUAACUACAGAAUUGUAAGAGAUGACCGAAACUUUAAUGUAGUAAACCGUAACCGCGGUGGAGGUGUGCUUCUUGGUUUUAAGGACCAUAUUACGUUUACCCAAUUAGAUACCAGUAAACUAUCAAAUCUCGUACCAAUAAUCGACAUAAUAAUAUGUAAAAUCACUAAGCCUUUUAUUUGUAAGUUUGGUCUAGUAUAUAUUCCUCCUGAUACAACAUCAGAUGAUUUAGACAUUUUUACUAGUGCUCUAGAAGUAUUCCUAUUGAAUGAACCAGUUAUUCUUAUUGGUGACUUUAAUUUGCCUAAACUCAAUCUACCAAGCUCUUCUUGUUCUAAAUAUUCUACUUUUAAGUUAUUUUGCAAUAUUUUGGAUCUGAAUCAAUACAAUACAAUUUUAAACUCUGUUAAUAAACAACUUGAUCUAAUCCUCUCGAAUACUACCUGUGAUAUAUCAACCACUCACUGUGAAAUGCCAUUUGUACCUGAAGACCUUUAUCAUCCGUCUUUAAAUAUAGUAGUUACUGGUAUUUAUACACAAGGCACCAAAUUUCCAUUAAGUAACAAUAAAAAAUAUAAUUUUAAAAAGGCAAACUUCAUUAAUCUAUAUCAUGACCUUCUUAAUACUAACUGCGAUUUCUUAACCCAAUGCUUCAAAGUUGACAUAAUGGUUAGCGAAUUUUAUAAAACAUUGUACAGCGUCUUUAAUUAUUCAGUUCAAAAAACUCAAAGUAAAACUCUUAAUAAUGCUUUUCCUACUUGGUUUUCCAAAGAAAUUAAAACUAACCAUAAAACAAAAGAAAUAUAUAGAAAGAAUCUGCUUCAAAACAAGCAAACAUUCUUUCUUCUCGAAUAUAAGCGACUUCGUGGCCCGUUUGAGAAAUUCUUACCCAACUAUAUUUCUACAGUCCAAGAAAACAUUAAAACAAACCCAUCUGCCUUAUGGAGCUAUAUAAAUGAAAAACGCGACACAACACGAAUUCCAGGGACCCUUUAUUUAGAUGUCAAAGAGCUUACAAAUCCUUCUGAUAUUGUCAACGCUUUUAGCAUGUUUUUUUCAAAAUUUUUUAAUGCCAAUCCUUCGCAAGCCGAUAAUACAUACUUAUCCAACUUAAAUUUCUCAAUGAAUCUUGUAACUGAAGAAGAUGUAAUUAAAGUCAUGGAAAAGUUAUCUAAUAAAUUUACGACUGGUGAUGAUGGACGAUCAACAGUUACUAAUUUGGCAUCUGUCACCCAAUAUAUUUCUGAAGUUUUGGAUAGGCGUGGACAGGUCGAUGUGAUCUACAUUGAUUUAUCGAAAGCUUUUGAUAACAUUAGUCAUUCUAUUUUAAUACAGAAACUUAAUGGUUUUGGGUUUUCUUCUAAUUUCGUAAAACUUCUUAAAUCAUACUUGACUAAUCGAAAAUGCUACUCUGGAGUACCCCAGGGAUCCAAUCUAGGUCCACUUUUAUUUAAUUUGUACAUUAAUGACUUACUAACAUCACUCUCUUGUCUUACUUUGGCCUAUGCAGAUGACAUUAAAGUCCAUACAAAAACAUCUACACCUUUGGAUGCUGAAUUGUUACAGCGAGCAGGGCCGGGCCUAAGGGGGGUGUAG